CGAAAUACAUACGAUCAGAGCUUCUUCUCUGUCGUAGAAGUCACAAAACCCUUUCUACCCCUUGUACUGGCAUCCAGAGACACGAUCAUCAACCACACCAAUCAGACACGAAUACUUCGCAUUCCGGGUACCAGCUUGCGCGCUAUGAGAAAAGCAGCAGCCCGGCAGUACACCUAUAACCUACGCAAUGGGCUACAGACUUUCGGGGUCCGAGUCAUCGAGCUUGUAUCUGGGGUCAUAGGAUCCAAUAUCCUUAACCAAAUGGUAGAAACGCCGAGUGUUCUGCCACCAGACUCUAUGUAA